AUGGCCUACGAACCACGUGGAGGAGACCAUGGCGGCGAUGGGGCAGGUUUUGUAAGGGCCAGAGGGCGACGACCCGUCACUGAUUAUGGCGCGACUAUGGCACACUGGAUACGCGAUCGCAGACCACGGUACCAGGGUUCUUUCAAGGGCGAGGCAGAGCGACCCAGCGCGAGCUAUAUCGUUGAUAUGCUUCCCCCAUUGGCUAGAGUGACGAAUCCUGCAGAUUCGGUGCCUGCCAAGCACCUUCACUCAUCUUUAAAUAAGAUCAAACACCCCGUCAAUGUGGUGCGUUGGACCCCGGAGGGACGCAGGUUGUUGACCGCGUCAACUAGCGGAGAAUUCACGCUAUGGAAUGGUACAGGCUUCAACUUUGAGACGAUAAUGCAGGCCCACGAUGUUGCGAUUCGUGCCAUGGCAUAUUCACACAGUAAUGACUGGCUUAUCUCAGCGGACCACGACGGCACCAUCAAGUACUGGCAACCUAACUUCAACAACGUCAAAGCGAUCCAGGUUUCGCACGACCCUAUCAGAGACCUGGCCUUCAGUCCAAACGACUCGAAAUUCGUUACUGCUUCGGAUGACUCAAAAGUGAGGAUAUUCGACUUCACAGAUGGUGUGGAGGAGCGGGAGUUGAAAGGCCACGGAUGGGACGCCAAGAGCUGCGACUGGCAUCCUACUAUGGGUCUUAUUGUUUCUGGGUCAAAGGAUCAUUUGGUGAAGCUAUGGGACCCAAGAGCGCCAGGUCGUUGCCUCCGGACACUGCAUGGGCACAAAAACACCAUCACGAAGACAGUGUUUGAACGAGUCCGGGGAAACUGCUUGGCUACAUCGGCGAGAGAUCAGACGGCCAGGGUGUUUGAUUUACGCAUGAUGAAAGACGUUUGUCUGCUCAAGGGCCAUGAGAAGGAUAUUUCUACGCUAGCAUGGCAUCCUAUCCACCCGAAUCUCCUGAGUACAGGAGGCUCUGAGGGCUCAUUAUUCCACUAUCUGCUGGAUGAACCAAAUACCCCUGCUGGUCAACCUCUCAGUAUCAGCCCAUAUGAGAGUGCGGAUCCAGCAUCGGCGCCAGCACAAACCAUAUAUCCCGCCCACAAGAUACCUUAUGCACAUGACUUUGCAAUAUGGUCACUAGACUGGCAUCCUCUAGGCCAUAUUUUAGCUUCAGGAUCCAAUGACCGUAUCACGAGAUUCUGGUCAAGAGCACGUCCUGGCGAGACAGAUAUCUUCCAGGACAGAUAUCAUAUUGGCGAGGCGGCUGCCGAGGCUCAAGGAACCUGGCACCGUCGUGAUGCACGUCGUCAACGACAAGAAGAGGAGGAGCAGGAGAUGGAAGACGAAGCUGAAGGCUUGGUUGAUCAGAAGAUGCCGGGCAAGAGCCAGCACCCAGGGUUACCAGGGCUGCCGGGACUGCCUGGUCUUUCUCUACCAGCGAACGGUGUCCCACCACCUCCACCGCAGAUUCCCGGCGUGGGUGCUGCACCAAUGGGCACAUCUGGCGUGGUACCGCCACCACUCCCCUUCGCAAUGCCACCAAACUUUAGCGGUGCGCCGCCACCUCUACCUAUACCGGGGAUGGAUCCCAACGAUCCGGAAGCAUUCGCGAAAAUCACAGAAAUGAUGCAAAAAGCUGGCGUACCCCUGCCUCCUCCACCAGGAAUGCUGCCACCGGGCAUGGUACCACCUCCCAAUUUCCAAUUCCCAGCUGGUUACCCGGCACCACCUAUACUACCACCUGGUAUGGAUAUGUCAGGGCUAGAUAGUGGUGGCCGUAGAAGAGCACCUCUCCCUAGUCAGGAGGAAAGCUUGAAGCAAGAACAGAAAAGAGGCAACUACACUCGCGUUAGGUAG